AUGAAGAAGCAACUAGCACCGCUUGUUCUAUUCUCUCUCACACUAUUAAUAUCACUUAUUCACUCAACCACCGCCGGUGCCGCCACCUCCGGCCACCACAACAUCACCCGCAUUCUCGCCCAACACCCUGGAUUCUCCACCUUCAACCACUACCUCACCAUCACUCACCUCGCCGACGAAAUAAACCGCCGUCAAACAAUUACAAUCCUCGCCAUCGAUAAUGCCGCCAUGUCGUCCCUCCUCGACAAACACCUCUCCGUCACCACUCUCAAAAACGUCCUCUCCCUCCACGUCUUAGUCGACUACUUCGGCGCCAAAAAACUCCACCAAAUCACCAACGGUACAACUCUGGUUUCUUCCAUGUUUCAAGCAACCGGAGCCGCCGCUGGAACUGCCGGUUACGUCAACGUCACGAAUCUCAAAGGCGGUAAAGUCGGUUUCGCUGCUGAAGAUAACGACGGCCUACAUUCAUUCUACGUGAAAUCCGUUGAAGAACUUCCUUACGUCAUCUCCGUACUUCAAAUCAGUCAACCUCUAAGCUCUGCCGAUGCUGAAGCACCGACGGCAUCUCCGAGCGAUAUCGAUCUAAUCUCAAUUAUGUCAAAGCAAGGUUGCAAAGCCUUCGCUGAUUUGCUACGAGUUUCAAAAGCUCUUCCAACUUUCAAAGACACCGUAGACGGCGGUUUAACCGUUUUCUGUCCAACUGACAGCGCCGUUAACGGUUUCGCCACAAAAUACAAAAACCUAACUGACGCCAAGAAAGUUUCACUUCUUUUAUAUCACGGAGUUCCCGUUUACCAAUCGUUACAGAUGCUGAAAUCUAACAACGGUAUCAUGAACACGUUAGCAACAGAAGGUGCUAACAAGUACGAUUUCACCGUCCAAAACGACGGUGAAGACGUGAACCUUGAAACCAAGGUUAACACCGCCAACAUUAUCGGAACUUUGAUAGAUCAAGAUCCGUUUGUGGUGUAUAAGAUCAACAAGGUUUUGAUGCCGAGAGAGUUGUUUAAGGGAGUUAAAGAAGAAUUAGCACCAGCUGAGUCACCGAAGGCGGCGAAGAAGAAGAGCAAGAAGAAAGGUAAGCCGGCGGCGGAUGAAGAUGCGGAUUCUCCAGCGGCGGAUGGACCGGAUGCGGAUGCGGAUUCCGAUGACCAGAAAGCUGCUGAUGAUAACGGAGUGAGUGGAUUAAAUCAAGGGUUCAGAUUCGUUAUGGUAAUUUUCAGUUUGAUUAUUGGAGCUUUGGUUUAA